AUGGGUUUUACAGCAAAUCCCUACACAAUGGAGUCUCCCCAUUUCAGACGCCCAAUUCUCCUCAUCUGCAUACUCUCCUCUCACCUUCUUCCCUCUCUCUCCACCGGCCAAUUCCAAAAAACAGUUUCAUCAAUCAUUGAAGCAGCCAGUAACGCCAUUGAUGAACCCACUAAACUCAUAGACUCCACAAUCUCCGAGCAACAAGAAUUCCUAGCGGCACACAACAAGGUCCGCCUGCACGCCCUCGAACCACCCUUCGUCUGGGACCUCCGAUUAGCCAUCUAUGCCCGGCUAUACGCCCAACAACGAGCCGGCGAUUGCGAAUUGGUCCAUUCCAACGGGCAGUACGGCGAAAACAUCUUCUGGGGAAGUGGAAAUCUGUGGACACCGAGUGAUGUGGUGAGGCUGUGGGUGAAGGAACACAGGUAUUAUGAUCGGAGAACUAAUGAGUGCCUUCCGGGAGAAAUGUGUGGACAUUAUACGCAGAUAGUGUGGAGAGAGAGUGUUCGAUUGGGGUGUGCUCGUAUUGAAUGCAACAAUGGCGAUACUUUUGCGAUUUGUUCUUAUGAUCCGCCGGGGAAUUACAUCGGCGAGAGCCCUUUUGACGACAAUCGUUGA